AUGGUGCUUUCAACACACUUAUUUCGCCUCUCCUCUGAACUGUUAAUGAAUAGACCUUCAUAUCAACAGAACAAAGCCACCUCCAUCAAGAAUGUUUGUACCACAGAUGGCAGUGGAGAAAUGAACAGGUAUAACCUUCAUUCAAGGAGUCCUAAUGUGACAUGUGCAAGAGCUAAACUAAGACAGGCUGACCAAGCUGACGAGAAUUAUUACUGGCAACAAGACGUCAUCAGUCAGGACUGUAAAGUAUCAGCAUCGGUGAUAUUAAAUCAAAAAGCACUCCAUGACUAUGUGGCUAUCUGCCGCCCUCUGCACUAUCCAUCCAUCAUCACAGAGCAGUUUGUCAUUUAUGCAACCAUCUUUAUUGUCUUGCGCAAUUUGGUGGCCACACUGCCAACACCAGUUAUGGCUGCUAGGCUCAACUACUGUGCUGGCAAUGUGGUGGAGAAUUGUAUCUGUGCCAACAUUUCUGUAGCAAGACUCUCUUGUGAGGAUAUUCGUCUAAAUAAACUCUACCAGUUUGUGAGUGUUUGGUGUCUACUGGGAUCCGAUCUGGUACUCAUCUUGCUAUCCUACUGUUUCAUUCUAAGGGCUGUUCUGCGCCUGCAAUCAAGGGGUGCAGCCACCAAAGCUUUGAGUACAUGUGGCUCCCAUCUCAUACUAAUACUUUUUUUCUAUACAUUGCUACUUGUCUUCAUCUUCACAAACAAGGCAGGAAAGAAGAUACCCUCAGAGGUACCCAUUCUUCUCAAUGUCUUGCACCACCUCAUCCCACCAGCUCUGAAUCCUAUUGUUUACGGAGUACGAACUCAAGAAAUCAAGCAAGGGAUUAUCAAACUACUCAAGUACCAGCACUGA